AAGUUUCUGUGGCAUGUCUUAAUUCUUACUAUAAAAGCAGACACUAGAACCAGUACUCAAAGAGCCAGAGUUACCUUAUUUAGACAGGCACUUCAAAAAUGGCACGAAACGAAGACAUGGCUUCCAUGAAUGAAGCUCCAAGUCGGAGCAUCACAAGUCUUGAACAGUCAUCUAAGGAGAAGUUGUUCAAAAACAUAGAGGAAGCAGAAGCGAGGCUAUGUCAGUUUCAAAGCUCGAAACCAAAGAUUCAAAGGGUUCCCGACAUGCUUCGAGAUCACCCUAAUCUCGAGAAAUACUAUGAGCCAAGGGCAGUGGCACUUGGUCCCUUCCAUCAUGAUAAAGCAAGAUGUCAGCUGGCAGAGAAGUUCAAGCUUGCACUGGCAGCAAAGUUUAUCCAAGACAGUGGCCGUCCAGCUAAAGAUUUGCACAAGAUCGUUGAGGACAAUAUCAAGACACUAAAGGACUGCUAUGAUGAGGAAGCAACAAUGUCCUACACCAACGAGGCCCUCACACACUUGUUAUUCUUAGAUGGGUGUUCAACCUUACAGUUCAUAUACUCAUUUAUGAAUAACGAGUUGGCAAAUUUCAAGAUCAAGAGGGAUCAGGUGGCUUUUGCAGAACAGGACUUGUUCCUGCUAGAAAACCAACUCCCUUACCAAGUCCUCAAGCUGUUGAUGAGCUUAAGUGACAAAGAGAUGGAAUUGAAGACCGCAAUCGAUGGAUUUGUUGGAAGGAACAUCAUGGCAGCAGGAAAAAAAUGGAAAUGGCACAAACACAAGAAAACGAGUCAACCAGCAGAUAUUGUCGUAAACAUGGAAGAGCCCACUCAUCUUCUCGAGCUUCUCAGGACAAAAAUGCUAGGUCCCAAAGAAUCUAUCGACCCCAAGAAGAAAAAACCUAAAGAUCGCCGACAAUCAUUCCGCAACAUACAGGAGCUUAAAGCAACAGGGAUCCAUUUAAAGCCUAGUAAGACAAGCACCUUGAGGGACAUAUCUUUUACUCAUCUUCUAGGCUUUGCAGGAUUCCUAUAUCUUUCACCAAUAUCAGUAGACGACUCCACGAGGCCUAAGUUCUUGAAUUUGAUAGCCUAUGAAAUGUGUCCUGAUUUCCAAAAUGACUUUGGGGUCACCUCUUACAUAUGCUUCUUGGAUUCACUGAUUGAUCAUGCAGAUGAUGUUAAACAGCUAAGGUCGGCACGCGUACUACACAACUUACUUGGGAGUGAUGAAGAGGUGGCUCAACUUUUCAAUGAGAUAGGCACUGACUUGGUGCCUAACAGUGAAACAUACCGCAGUGUCAAAUCCAAAUUAGAAAAGCACUACAAAACUAAGUGGAAAAACUGGAUGGCUCAAUUCUGUCAUGAUCAUUUCAGUAGCCCCUGGACUAUCCUGGCUUUCCUUGGUGUUUUAGCAGCUCUGGGGUUAAGCAGCAUCCAGACUUGGUACACAAUCAAUUCUCCCCCCUCUGCCUGCGAUGCUGUAUGCGAGUACUUGAAGAAACGGCUAAAAAUAGAGUGAUACACACACUCACACAGAGGUGAUGUCUCCCCCAGUGCAACAGUAAUUUUUUCUCUUCUUUUUACCUUUUUUUCCCCAGUGACCAUCAUGGGCAAACUAGGAGUGCCGACAAGUAUCCCCUUUAGUGAUUGCGCUACAUCAACAUUAAGGGGGGUGUAUUCAUUUAAGAGUCUACAAGAUUUUUUUUGUAUUUUGAAAGUCUAUGGGUAUUCAAUUGAGAUUUUAAACAAUCCUUUAAAAUCUUGAUGUA